UGGUCUGUCCCUGCCUUAGCUGCAAUAAUGUUGAAGGGCCAAAUUCAGUAAAGCCAAUUUCAAACUAUACAAAUAUGAUCUGAAUGAUCUUGUUCUUUUCUGUCUUGCACUGCUUUUUUUUUUUAAUUCAAUGAUUGUUAUCUCAGUUUUCUUCUUCAAAAAAAAUUUUUUUUUUUUCAAGAAGGGAGUUCUUGUUGGCUCUGGACGAGGCGAGGAAGUUUGUCUCUGCCUUAGCUGCAAUAAUAUUCAACAGUCAACUUUGGACGGGGUGAGGAAGUUUGUCUCUGCCUUAGCUGCAAUACAAUAACGUUCAGGAGUCAAAGUCGGGAAGAUCCUUGCAGAAGAGAUUAUGGACGGUUACAUUGAUCGUGUUUUACGAGAUCUGGAUAUCCUCCAGAACAACCUUAACAAAAGCAAUUCGUAUAAUCCCAUCUUUUCAGAUACCAUCAGGAGGAUGAAGUUCCUCAAAACAUUUAUUAUUUUUGAUAUCUGCUGGGGCCGCUGCUUAGAUGUGAGUCAGGAGUCUUCUGCAGAACGAUUAUUUAAUAACAUUGGUCAUACAGUUAAGAAAUUUGGGGAAGACAUUCACACUCUGUCAAUGAGAUCAGAAAGUGAGAGUUUCUCAAAUCUGAUAGGUGUGAGCGAUCAAUUGGUCUUUGACUUUAAAAGACGGAUCGGAGGUUUUCAUGAAAGAAUCGUGCUUGCGUAUGAGCAGAGCAUCUCAUUCGGAUGGUCUUUUUCCACGUUCCACAAUAUUGUGGAAUUCAUAGACCUCGUUCUACAAAAUCUGGUGGAUCUGCAUCUAGUUCGUAAAAAGUCUUAUUGUGCUGCUUUGCGUGCUCAAAUCCAGGACCUUGAAGAAAAGUUAACAUUCUUAAAAACUUUCAUGUGCUUUGCCGAAUUGGGAGGAUAUAAUGACGACUUCAUCCGCUUGCUACUUCACAUUGAAGCAAUAGCUCGGAAUGCAGCACGCCUCUCUUACAUGUGUUCCUUUCUUGAUGAAGUUGAUGAAGGGCAUUCAUUUGUUUGCAAAGAUGUAGAAAAGUGUCCCUUCCAUGACGAAUUUGAGUCAGAAUACAUUGGUAAGUUCUGCCACAUGAUCUGUAAACAACUUGAGGAGAUCAAUCCUGUUGAUAUUCGAGAUGGUAAGAUUUACAUCGACGCUCUUAAAGCUUCAAACUCCUCAGCAUCAUUACGUACCGUGAUGAUGGAUGAGCAUCUAUUGAACAACUUCAAUGAUUCUCUCAUAAGUUUUAUCUGGAAGCUGCUAUGCUGCAAUUCCAACUUCAUGGAUUUUCUGAAAGAUGAAUUGCAAAUACUCUUUUCAGAACUGAGAUUCUUGAGAAGCAUUUUAAGGAUGCCUAUGGAGAAGAAGAAUGAGCUAAAUGAAAAAAUUGGAGAGCUAAAUGAAAAAAUUGGAGGUGGGUGGAGAUUCUCGAGAUGCAUUUUAAGAAAGCCUAAGGAGAAGAAGGAAGACCUAAAUGAAAGAAUCGGAGCUCUCCUUCGUGAGGCAGGCAUCAUAAUCUGCAAGCUUGCUCUGAGCAGAGUAAAAGGAGGAGAUGUUAACUCCUUAGACACCAAAAAAGCUCGUCAUUGUUCUCACAUGCUGGUUAAUAUCAAUAAGCGUAUCAAGCAUAUUACAGAUUUGGCCAGUGUCUCAAGCAGAGGAUGUCUUGCUCCCUGUCUUAGCAUCAACAUACAAAAAUGUGACAAGCCUUUCAGCUAUAAGCUAUCAAAAACUAAAGUAACCCAUGAAGUCACGGUUGGUCAUGAUGAUGAGGCAAAGAAAGUGAGCGAUCGACUUAUUGGAGGACCAGAACAGUUGGAAAUUGUCCCCAUUGUGGGAAUGGCUGGACUUGGUAAGACAACUUUAGCCAACAGAGCUUACAAUGAUAGUUCAAUUAUCUAUAAUUUCCACAUUCGUCUUUGGUGUACUGUUUCACAAGUAUUCAACAUGAAGGAUUUGUUACUUCAAAUCUUGUGCUCAGAUGGCAAACAUCCUGGGAUGAAUGAAGAGCUCGAAAUUCUGGAUGAACAUGUAUUGCUUCAUAAGCUAUAUCAGAAGUUGAAGGGGAAGAAGUAUCUCGUUGUCUUUGAUGAUGUCUGGGACUUCAGCAUAUGGAAUGACUUGAGAUGUUCAUUCCCAGAUGAGAUGAGAGGUAGUAGAAUCCUCAUCACUAGUCGAUUUUCUAAUGUUGCUUCAACGGUUGAAAAUGGUGGGGAACCUCUCGAUCUUCGCUUGCUCACUGAUAUAGAGAGUUUGCAAUUAUUACAGAAGAAGGUGUUCGGAGAAGAAGAUUGUCCUCAAUCGCUACAUGGACCCAGUGUGGAAAUAGCAAAAUUCUGCAAGGGAUUACCUCUUGCAAUUGUUGCCGUAGCUGGAAUUGUAGCAACUCUAGAGCAUGAUGUUUCGGCUUGGGAAGAAUUUGCUAAAAGUUUAACUUCCACCGUGGUCUCUCUCACAGACACGUGCAAGAAGUCAUUAGAGCUCAGUUAUGAAAAUUUACCACAUCAUUUGAAGCCAUGCCUUCUUUAUUUUGCAGCAUUUGGAGAAGAUGCAAAGAUUGUUACCAGGAAUUUGAUACGUCUAUGGGUUGCUGAAGGGUUUGUGGAGAAUACUGACGGAAAGAAGUUAGAGGACGUGGCAGAAGAAUAUAUGAUGGACCUUAUUGGUCGAAACUUAGUUAUGGUAAGCGAACGCAGCUCGAUGGGAGGGGUCAAAGCUUCUUGUAUUCAUGAUUUGUUACUUGAGUUUUGCAAGUCCAAAGCCAAAGAGACGGAUUUUCUUCGGGUGUUACGAGGAUGUGAUGAGCUUUAUACUUUCAAUGAGCUUCGCUACCCACCUCGAUUGUCCAUUUGCUCCAGUGCAGCAGAUUUUCACAAGUCGAAGCUCUUUUGUCCCCAUUUAGGGAGUCUGCUAUGCUUUCGUCAGAAUGCAGGAGACGAUUUUCCACUUGCUGAUGUCUCGUUCAUUUUUCGCAUCUACAAGCAUCUCACAGUUUUGAAUUUAGAGCAUAGUGUGCUGAUACAUAAAGAGCUUCCGACUGAAGUCGAAUCACUCUGUCGCUUGAGGUAUUUGGCCCUUAGAGCUGAUGCCAUGCAGUUCGUUCCACUAUCUAUAUCCAAUCUCUCGUCCUUGGAAACCUUUUAUCUGCAAUCUUUGGUGGAAGUUUCAUUGCCCUAUACCAUAUGGGAUAUGAAGAAGCUAAGGCAUGUGCGUGUUGGGGGUCGUCUUGGUGCUCGUGUUUUGCCCAGUGAUAAUGUCCUUGAAAACUCCUCCCCUUUACCUGAUUUAGACACGCUUUGCUAUCUGAGACUUCCUUUUAAUCAAGAAGGAGAAGCCAUGCUGAGAAGGAUUCCGAAUAUCCGCCGACUGAAAAUUGUGACCGCAGACGUAGGAGAGGAGGCAUGCUUCAACAUGAGUCAGUUAGAUACCCUAGAGUCGCUGAACAUAAUCUCGAAUCACUUCCAAGGUCCAAGAAAUCAUUUUGAGCUCUCUUUCCCCAUGAAUUUAAAAAAGUUGCUCCUUUCUGGAUUGAACCUACCCUGGAGUAAAAUUUCAUUGAUUGAACAGCUACCCAAUCUAGAGGUCCUGAAAUUACUUUGUGAUUCAUUGCGCGGCAGAAGAUGGGAGCUGACCGAAGGAGGAUUUCCUAAGCUUAGGGUCUUGACUUUGUCCGAUGUAAAUGUUGUGGAGUGGACAGAGACAGAUAGUGAUGCUACUGAUAGUAGUGAUGAUUAUUUCCCUUGUCUUGAGCAGUUAAAACUGGUUGGAGAGUUGAAGUUGGAACAGGUCCCUUCUUGUUUAGAGCGGAUAUCAACUCUUGAAAUGAUUAAGGUGUACAUUUGCGGGAAGAGUGACUAUGUCGGAUCUGUUAUAAGUUUAGUACGAGGCAUUGAAGAAGCACAGAAAAACUAUGGAAAUCAGAAUCUGAAGAUCCUCGUCGACUGUCAAGCCUGGUAAAGAUAGUGAAGGGCAUCAGCUGGUCCAAGAUGAGGUAGUGCAUGCAUCAGUACAAUGAAAUUUAUGAACAAUCAAAUAAAUAUUGCUCUUUUUGUAUUUCAUUUUCUCAACAUCAGCAGGGUUAUCAUGUUGUUAUAGACAAAGCUUGGAAAUAAUGGAUGGAAGGAAUAUGAUUGUGCGCAAAGGCAACUUGAAGGAGCUUGAAUGAAGUGAUAUAGCAGAGGAGUCAUCAGAGCUCUCAAUGUGUGGAAAGGGAUACUCUUCUCUAGAUAGCUACUCAAGAUCAAACAAGACACAGAGAAACUGGGUAUUGCAAUUGUAACCUCAGACUGGAGAAAUCAAGCAAGGCUGGCUGGUUAUCAUUCAAGAGAAAUCAGGGAUAUCAUUCAAGAGAAAUCAGGGAGAAGAUGGAAUCUGCACAACAAAGCAUAAUGGUUUUAAAAUAUGCAUCACAAGCAAGGAUUCUGCUGUUAGUGUGGAAGAAGAUGACGGCUGAAGAAGCAAAAGAUUGUGCAUUGCUGAAUUUAGCGAUCGUUGUAUUCCUUUUCUCUUCAAGCUCCUGUCACUUGGCUUAGACAGCUGGACAGUUAUGAGUUAUGAUCUCCUUUUUUUUGGGUGAUUUUCACUUUAAGCGCUUUAUUUGAUGUGACUGAUGUAAUUAGUGUAUUUCAUUGCUGUGAUCUUACUACACACUUGGAGAAAUCAUGGUCUUGUUUUUAACUGGUA